GUACCCAGGACCACCAUGGAGGGCGGCUUCACGGGGGGUGAUGAGUACCAGAAGCACUUCCUGCCCAGGGACUACCUGAACACCUACUACAGCUUCCAGAGCGGCCCCUCGCCUGAGGCGGAGAUGCUCAAAUUUAACCUGGAGUGUUUGCACAAGACCUUCGGCCCUGGCGGCCUCCAAGGGGACACACUGAUUGACAUCGGCUCGGGCCCCACCAUCUAUCAAGUCCUCGCUGCCUGCGAGUCCUUCAAAGACAUCACUCUCUCCGACUUCACUGACCGCAACCGGGAGGAGCUGGCCAAGUGGCUGAAGAAGGAGCCUGGGGCCUAUGACUGGACUCCGGCGCUGAAGUUCGCCUGUGAGCUAGAAGGGAACAGUGGCCGGUGGCAGGAGAAGGCGGAGAAGCUGCGUGCCACCGUGAAGCGGGUGCUCAAGUGUGAUGCCAACCUGAGCAACCCGCUGACCCCUGUGGUGCUGCCGCCCGCCGACUGCGUGCUCACCCUACUGGCCAUGGAGUGCGCCUGCUGCAGCCUGGACGCCUACCGGGCGGCGCUGCGCAACCUGGCCUCGCUGCUGAAGCCGGGCGGCCACCUGGUGACCACUGUGACGCUGCAGCUGUCCUCCUACAUGGUGGGUGAGCGGGAGUUCUCCUGCGUGGCCCUGGAGAAGGAGGAGGUGGAGCAGGCCGUCCUGGAUGCUGGCUUUGACAUUGAGCAGCUGCUGUACAGCCCCCAGAGCUACUCGGCCAGCACCGCCCCCAACAGAGGGGUGUGCUUCCUUGUGGCCCGCAAGAAGCCGGGGUCCUGAGCCUCAGCCUGGCUGUGUGCCCGGGAGGCCCGAGACCCUCAGGCAGCCCUUGCUUGCACCAUAACAUCCCACCCUCCGGAAGUCUCAGAGGCUUGCACUGGGCUUCCGAGCUCCCAACGUAGCUUGUUCUUAGAGCCCAAGUGUAGAAUGUUCCAUUUGCUAACAUGGCUACGCUUAGAUGCUAUCUGAUGGCCGCGUGCCUCGGGCUCAUCCAGUGGUGUGGUCUCCGGGUCUUUACCCACACUGCCAAAGACACGGAAGCCUCUAGAAACCCCAGAUGACCAGCUCUACAAAAAGAUGAGCCCAGGUUUGUGCCCGUUGCCCAUUUCUGUAGCAGGUCGACCACGGCCGGCUUUAAGUUGCCCGUGGUUUACCAACUGAUUCAUCCAAUUCCGAGAAAUGUUACGCUCCCCUUCAUAAACUGACUGGAUUCAGCUUUGCCACACUAAAUGCCCAUCUAAAAUGUCUAAAAAUGCCCAAUUAGUUGAAUUUUAGAUCAAUAUAAUCAAGAUUUUGGGGUAAGUGUGGCCUCCAAAUUGUGUGGGGCAUACUCAUCCCACGCCAUGAUUUGCUGUUUGUCUGAAAUUCAGUUUGGACAGGGAGUCCUGGAUAAGGGCACCUCAAAGAGUUCAUGGACAAACUGGAUUAUGAGAUGUUUAUUUUGGUGCAAAAAAUAUGAAAUCCAUACAUUUAAGCAAUCUUCAAAAAUUUCAUGAAAAAUGUGAAUUGUGAAAAAACAAAGCCUGGAUUUAACAUUUUUUUUUUGCUUCAAAAUAAACGUAUCUUUUAAUUCCACGUGUCCAGGAGGGCUGUCCCCAGUAGGCGAGAUGCCUUUGUGAGAGUUAGGAAAAGACGUUCCCAAGAGGGACACGUGGAGGAAGGACACUCGGGGCUGGCUCCAUCUGCAAGGACCGCCUUCUGGGCCGACCACGGCUGACCUGCGCCUGGCUGUGGGGGGCGCCCAUAGAGCUGGGCACAGCUGCCCUGAGGAUGGGCCAGGCUGGAUGGGGUGACCGUGCUGUGCACCUGCUGUCUAUUCACAUGAAGAUCACCUGUACUGUUCACAUGCUUUAAUAAAACAUUUGGUUUCACCCUA